GUGGAAUCAGAAUUAUCCUUUCUUCAGAUAAAUGCUAUCGCGGAAGGGCAGCAAUUCUACCAGCCGCUCUGCGUCUCAGGGUGGCUCAAGUAGCUCUAAGAGUGGGCGUCUGGCACGGCGGCGUGGAUCGAGUGCUGAGGCGGCCAUGCAGGCAGAAACAGCUCGAUUGGGUGUUUCCAAUGGCGUCCUGAAGCGUGGCUUCCUCGUGAAGAAGGGCCACAUGAUGCCCACGCGGAAGGAGCGGUACUUUGUGCUGGGAAAGCACUCUCUGAGUUAUUACAAGCCUACGAAAGACGGGGACGUGGAGCUCAAGGGCGUCCUGGAGCUCAAGUCGUCGGACGUUAUCUCUCCACUACCGCACUCGGACGCUUGGCUGCGGAUUCGCCAGAGCGAAGGACCAGCCGGGAAGAGUUAUAAACUGGAUCUAAAAGGUAGAUUUCCUCUUGGUGUUGUGCGCCUUAGUCUGGAUGUGAGGUGAAGGGAGUUUCUAUGGUGGUGGUGGCUGACAUUGUGAUGACAGCUUCGAAUUUGCAGGAGCGACGGGAGUGGAUCGAAGGGCUGCGCAAAGCUUGUCGGAGCGAGCUACUGAUGCGCCAGCGGGUAAUUCAGAGUGACGUGAGCUUGCUACAAGCACGCUCCAGUCGGCGAGGCCAGAAUGCGAAAGCGAUGGCAGAACUUCUUUCUUCUCCUAUGGCGCCUGACAAUACAGGUACCCCUCGGGUUGAUCUGCGCGCAUCUUUCCAGAUUUUUCACGAAAUGGUGCUGCUGAAGAAGCUCCUUGAUACGUUAAAGAGUUCUUGGGGGCCUCCUUCGCAAUGGUCAAUGGCACAGUAUCAAGAGCUUGUUCAGGGUAUUAGUCUUGCCCAAGAAAAAUCAGGAAGCUCUGACCUCGAUCCUGACAGUAUUUUGGCGGAGGCGUUCAAGUUGCGGUACCAGUUUGAGGAAAUUCCCGAGAACCAGCGAAAACUUACUCGGGACGAAGAUCCGCUUGGUGCUUCGCGUACGUCGACAGCAGAGAACCUAAAACAAGGCGGGCUGGAUUCUCCCGUUGCUCCAUCUCGAAUGUCACCGCGGAUACGCUGUCCCUCGUUUCACAGUUACUACGCAACUUUUGAGGAGUUGUCAGACCGAGCUGGAUCAACGGUUAAAGCAACAGCCGAUGACAAGCAGGGUGACGCAUUACUGACUCCUCGCAGUGCGACGCUGGCUAAGUAUGCUCACCUGUACCUUUUGGAUGACAUUCGAACUAAGCAGCCAUGGAGUUUGGAUCGGACCAAUAAUGACGACUUAGUCACGGAGCACGAGAGUGACACUGCUGAGCGUGCCAGCUUAGAUGAAGAACUUGUCGAUGCUCUAACGAGUCGUUUUGAUGAUGAUCGCAUCUACACGUACAUCAACCACCACACUAUGGCGGUGAUGAACCCGUAUCGAUUGUUGCAGACUGCUCGGUUCACGUCAAUUUACGACGAGCAAGUAGUCCUCACCUACGCAGACACCGCUAAUGCUGAGACAGUAUUGGCUCCGCAUCCAUUUGCAAUUGCGAAGCAAAGUCUAGUUCGACUUUUCUUCGAUAACGAACACACAAUGCCGUUACCAUCGACGAUAUCAAGCAACCGUAGCAUGACUGAAGGUCGCGGGCAAUCACUUUUUCUUUGCGGCGAAAGUGGGAGCGGUAAAACAGAGCUUGCCAAGGACUUGCUAAAGUAUCUGGUACUAGUGGCGCAGCCAGCUCUUUCUAAAGGCUCGGAAGAGACGUGUAAAGUGAGCGGUAGUACUCGUCAGCCCAAGAUCAAGCUGUUUACUAGUUCCACUAAAAGUACAAUCCAGAUGAGGACAGAGGAAGCACGAACGAUCGCUCUACUCGAGGCUAAAGGUGUGGAGAAAUACGAAAUCGUGCUGCUGGAUUUGCAUCCUGAACGUUGGGACGAAAUGACAUCGGUGAGUCGAAGUAAGCGUCUCCCUCAAGUACAUGUAGACGGACUCUUCUUCGGUUUUUACGAGAAGUUGGAGCAUCUUGAGGAUGAAGAACAACUUCGAAUGUAUUUCAAGAACCCGCAUGCGGCCAAGAAGCUAAGCAUUGUUUUGGACUCGAACAUUGUUCUGGAAGCGUUUGGGCAUGCUACCACGUCGAUGAACCUCAAUUCGUCAAGGUUUGGAAAAAUGACAACUCUACAAGUUGCCUUCGGACUUCAUCCGUGGGAAUUCCAGAUUUGUGGGUGUCACAUCUCGCCGUUUCUACUUGAGAAAUCGCGCGUCACAAGCGAAAGAGGCCGCGAAUCGGGAGACCAGAACGAAUUAAACUUUCACAUAUUGUAUGCGAUGGUGGCUGGUGUUAACGCCUUUCCUUUUAUGCGGUUGCUGGCGAAAGAGCUGCAUCUCGAUGGUAUAGACUGUUCCGCGCUUACUUAUCUCGGUCGGAGCGACCACAAGCUCGCAGGUUUCGUAAGCAAAGAGGACACAUGGAAAAAGGAUGUGGAAAGAUGGCAGCAAGUUAUUGAUGGACUAGAUGAGCUGAACGUAUCGCCAGAUGAGCAGAAAACAAUAUUUAAGGUGCUGAGUGCAGUACUAUGGCUUGGAAAUAUUGAGCUGGACUACCGUGAAGUAUCGGGAAAGCUGGUGAUGUCCUCUACGGGAGCGCUUAACGCACCUCAAAAAGUGGUGGAACUCCUGGAAUUGGGCUCGGUUGAAAAGUUGGAGCGAAUGUUGAUGACAAAAAGUGUAAGUUUGCAGUCGACAAGCGAAACUUUCGAAGUGACUUUGGAAAAAGGUCAGGUAAAUCAUGUUCGGGACACACUCGCACGCUUGUUAUAUCAGCUCGCGUUCAAUUAUGUCGUGUUCGUUAUGAAUGAGGCCACAAAAAUGAGUGCUUUAUCCACUGAUGAGAAUAAGCAUCAGAUGGAUUCUAACGCAAGUGCCCCUGAAGCCGUUUCACUGCUAAAGAUUGUUGACGUAUUUGGUUUCGAAGACCUCACGCAUAACUCUCUGGAUCAGCUCUGCAUAAACUAUUUGAGCGAGAAACUUUAUGCCAGGGAAGAACAAGUGAUCGCAGUUGCCUACAGCAGUCGACCACAUCUGACUGCACGGGACAGUGAAAAGGAUGUUCUUUUUAUUUAUGAACAUCCAUUAGGAGUAUUCGCCUCGCUUGAAGAACUGACUAUUCUUCACCAAAGUGAAAAUAUGAACGCGCAGCAAGAGGAAAAGCGAAACAAGCUGUUUGUGCGCAACAUCUACGACCGCAACUCAUCUCGAUUGCCUGAACCACCGCGGGUCUUGAGCAACGCGAAGCGUCAUACUCCUGUAUUGCUGAAUGUGUUGCCAUUUGUGAUCCCGCACACACGUGGAAAUGUCAUUUACGAUGCGAAUGAUUUUGUGAAGAAAAAUUCGGAUUUCGUCUACGCAAAUCUGUUGGUGGGUCUAAAGACAUCGAAUAGUUCUCAUUUCUGUCGAAUGCUUAACGAAAGCAGCCAACUGGGUUGGUCACCAAACACGAAUCGCAGCAUGCUUGGUUCAGCAGAGUCUCGACUAUCUGGAACCAAAAGUUUUGUUGGACAAUUUCGGUCUCACGUAAAUGUCCUCACGAGUCAAGAUGACAAGAAUAUGCCUUUCUACUUCCAUUGUAUUCGUCCCAACGCCAAGAAACAACCUUCACUUGUAAACAACGAUCUCGUUGAACAGCAGUGUCGCUCACAGCGUCUGAUCCGGCAGAUGGAAAUCUGUAGAAAUUCAUCGUCAUCAUACUCAGCAAUUGAUAUCUCGAAAAGCACUCUUCUGACGAGAUAUGGCAGCCUGUUGCGAGAACCUUACAUCCUGGAUGAUGUAGCUGGUGAUAACAGUAAUCUAAUGAAUUGGCUCCGCGAUCUUCUCCAUAGCGAUGACUGUUCGACCCCGAGGAUAAAUAUUUCUGCUUCAUCGAUGGUUCAGUUCAAGUCAAUUAACCUGGUGGAAAGACUAGAGUUGUUACUCGAAGACCGAGAAGCCGAAGCCGCGACAAAGAUUCAGUCGUUAUUUCUUAUGAUCAUGUGGAGACGCCGCUAUGCUGUCAAAAAACGGGAACGACGAGGUUUAUCGAAUGAGCUUCUGGCUUGGUAUGGCCCGGAAAGGGAAAACACGGUCAAGAAGCUGCUAACAAAGUAUAAUGGACGCGAGGACGAGCUUCGCUCGAAACUAGCGCUUAAGAAGAAGUCAAUGGUUCAAGGAGAAAAAGCGGUGUAUCAGUUGGUAAGUGAUCUCCAAGCGCUUUGUCUCGGCACCCAAGGUGGCCUCGAUGCGCAGGCAGUAAAUGCGAUUUUGCAGGACGACGCGAUGCGCGAAUUGUUGCAGCAGAACCAGAAGAUUGUACUGGCCUUGCGAGAUAUGAGCUUGAACCCAGACAUCCUCGAAGCUCAAUUGGCUGACCACGAACUGCGAGGGUUCUACCAGAAAUUAGUUGACUUUCUGCAGUCAAAGAAAACGGAUUAUGGCGAUAGAGCGAGUAUUUCCGGCCGCACAAUUGAUGAGCUGCCCCAACUUUCUCUAGAUGAGCGCGUCCUCGCUGCUACUUCAGAGGAAAAUGGCUUGUUGUGGAUGCGACUUGUACAAAAAGAAGAAUGGGCAGCUUACCGUGAUGCGUUGGUGGAGAUUGGCGACGAUCCCGAGCUACUUCUCUUCCAUUCAGAAGAGGAGGGGUUUGUCAGCACCUUAGAGAGAUUUCUGGAGGCGCUGGCACUCGAAAAGCAGCACGAAGAAGAGCAGAACGCUGUGGAAGCAAUCACAGAUUUGGUUCUGCCGUCGACAGUUGAUGAAGAAGAAACGUUGGAGGUUCAGAGCUCUACUGGUGCCAGUGGCGAAGAUUCCGAGAUGCUGGAGUUGCUUUUGAGUGUUCAGUUUGGGCCAUCACUGAUGGCAGCCAUGAACCAAGAUUCAUAUUUCAUGCAGGCGUUGCAGGACCCGGUUCUCAUGACCAGCAUGCAGCAGCUCAUGGCCAACCCAAAAGACUUCGCGGUAUCGGCGACACUUCAACAGCCAGCAGUGCGAGAGUUUUUUCUUAAGCUGAUUGCGCUCUCGUGUAAGUCGAAUUACUAGCUGUUUGCUUGCUUACACUGAUUCUUUACUAUGUCUUGAUGUAGUUGCGACGCAAGAGCAGAGCGACGAUGAGUGAUCAGCAUCGAUCAUGACUGGAGUUUGUACAUGCCAUAUUAUUCGAGCCACCUACAAAAGAAAAGCCACGGAGCCAUUCUGUCGUAUGAGUCCAUUUUCAUUCUUUUUGUUUGCUCUUCGCCACCCUUAACUUCU